GCAGCAGCUGGGACACCUUCGACCGGCUUGCGAGCCGGGUGCCUUCGAGCAGAGGCCUGACUGUGGCUCGGUUGACCAAGUCAAGACAGUGGUGGAUGUCGGAGCCGGCGAAGUGGAGAGGUGUUGCUUGGUCGGCCCGGGAAUCAUGUCCUUGGAAGUGCAUCGGAAGAAGCGACGCUCGCAGCACACCCAGUCCCAAUUGGAUAGGUUCGAAAUAGGUGGGUCCCGGUCAGAUGCUCGGGAGCAAAAGUUGUACUUCUUCGAGUUCGACCAUGCGACUGCCGCUCAAGAGCCGCUUGGCCUGCAAAUGUUUGUGAAGUCUCGACGCAGCACAGCCGCCUGUUUUGCGAUGCUCUCGCUAGUCUGCAGCCGCUGCCGAACAGAUGACCUCAAAAACAUGGGUUCUCGAUUCACCAGAGUGGCUGUUCUAAAACCCCGAAGCAAUGGAGCGGCGCAGCAGUCCACUGCAAUGGAAGUGGUGAAUGAGCACGAUCGCCUGUACUUGGCAAGCCACAAGCAAUGCGUCAACGCAAGUUUGCGGGAUGUUGGUUUCUCCACCGUUCGCUGCAAUUUGUGCAAUGGAGAGAUCAAAGCUGGCUUUUUCGUCGUGGUGAUGCAGUGCAAGCACACCUUCCACAAGGAGUGUUUCCACAGCCAUUUCUCGGUUGCAGACAACCCCCAAGACAAUCCACAAGAAUCAGAUGGCAUCAGAACAGGUAACCAGGUGCCUCCCUUUCAAUCUGAUCUUUCGAACCCAGACUGCCCAACGCCUGAAGAUGCAGCGGCAGUUGUUGCACCAGUGCCAACCACGAGGCGUGCACUUCUUUGUCCCCAUCCAUCCUGCGCAAGCAGCCUGAAAGUCAAAUUGGAUGGCGGUGGCAUCGCUGACUUCACAAAGACACCGGAUGGCCUCAGGAUUCUCGAUCUGGCAUCAGGAAAGGGCGACGAAUGCUGCGCUCAAGAUGACAUUGUUGUGGCACAUCUCGAGCCGCACUGGCACGGGCUUGGAUGGUGUCGGCUCAAGUUUUCUGCCGAGCCGUCCAACGCGCUAAAGGAUUCCUGCCAGGCGAAAACAGUUGGGGAGCUUGGCCUUGCUGAGAGGUCGAUGCCCAAGAGAAGUCGCUGUUGGCAGCGAUGGUGCUCGCGAAGGGCGAGGAUGACAUCGCUCGCAUUGCCGGAACUGCCAUUGCUUCUAGCAGGGGCCAUCGGCGGUCCACUCUGCAUUUGUUUGUUAACGCCUUUGCGGAAUGCUCUCACGAUAGCAAGCCACUAUCCGGACCAGUCGGCGAUUGACAUCUACAGCGCGCUCUACGCCGAUGGCUUGCAUGCUUGGACUGGUGCCAAAGUCACGCUUUGGACCAGCUGCCCGCAGUUUGUUGUGCUGGGGCCGCUCUACCACAUGCUGAAUAGUGCCUGUGGGGCUGUCCAUGCAGUGGUUCUGGCAGCGCUCGCUGAGACUCUACUGACGUAUGGACCACAGACGGUCAACGCAAGGAUGGCAUUCAAUGCUGGCCAUGGUUCUAUGGACGUCGGCAACGUGUUCAGCCCGUUCGGCCCGGGAGUCAUAUUCUUGUUUCUCCGAAACUGUCUCGCAAUGAGUGGCAUUCGGAUUCUGUCCGAUCCAGUCCAGUCUGGUUUCCGUCGUUGGCUGGCACGUGCCAACAUAAGGGCUCCGCAUCCAGAUCUGAUGACAUUUAUCGGUGAUUUUCUAGCAUCUAUUCUGACAGCAGUGCUGAGUGCACCGCUGAAUCAACUGUAUAACUAUGCCGUCAUUUCGCAAUUUUACACAGAGGCAGGACCGCUCCAAAAACUGAUCCUUGCAUGGCAGUUCCUGGAGAAGACAUACCUGGUUUGGGAUGCAAGUGGCAACCUGGUUGGGCUGUCGCGCACAUUCACCAGAGACCUGGUCAUGCGCUGUGCAUAUCUUGCGACGUUGAUGAGCCUAUUUGGAGCAGUAGAACGAGUUGCCGUUAUGCUUGGACAAUGGGCGAAGGCGAGGUGGCUGAGGCCAUGCCAGCUGCCCAGUACUCGAAGCGAGCUGGAGGACAGCAACGAGGUGGAUUGGAGUCUGAGGAGAAGUAACGGCUACUUCGUGGAUGCCUCGUUUGGUUUUGAUCCAGGGAGAGGUAUAGAUGAGAAGUUCGGUGUCGGUUCGCCUGAGUUGCGCUUCUCGCCGAUCGGAGACAAAGGCGACAAAGUCAUUGAAGGCAUCAAAAAGGCGUUGAUCGGUAUGCGAGUCGGUGGGACGCGACGGGUCAUCGUCCCUCCAAAUUUGGGUUUCGUUUCUGAUGACUUGGCACCCAAGCCGAAUGACUGGGGCCGACAGCGCCAGAUCGAUCGCUUCAAGAAGAAGGACUGGGUCAUCGAGCUGCGGCUCAAGGCCCUCCGCAAGUGA